GAGAGGAAAGGUGGUGUAUAAUGAAACCCUCCUUUUCGUCGUUCAUUUCUCAGUUAGCUUCUCGACGAUAUAUUUUGUUUCCGCAUAUAAAACAACAUCGUGAUUUCUAAUAAGAAAUUUAUUCCUGAGAUUCCAUCGGUAAGAUGUCACCUAACAGUAUGAACGAGAUAAAUGAAAAAAAGAGCAUAGACGAUCGUAAUCAUUCAUGUGUACAAAGUACAAAAUUGGCAGCCGAUUUUGAGACCGCGAUAACAGCGACCGGAUAUGGGAAAUUUCAUAUUUUAUUAUAUCUAGCUUUAGUACCGGUUUCUUGGGCAUCGAGUUUUGAUACUGGCAACAUAUCUGUCAUAUUACCUGCCGCCGAAUGCGACUUGCAAUUAACACUCAUUCACAAGGGAAUUUUAAAUGCCGUCAUUUAUGUCGGUAUGGUAACGAGCGCAUUGAUAUGGGGAUAUCUGGCCGACGUGAAAGGUAGAAAAUCAAUUUUAAUUUAUGGUUUUAUGGCCGACGGAAUAUGUAACGUAUUGUCAGGAUUUUCGCAAAAUUUCGCAACUCUCGUGUUCUUUAAAUUUAUCAGUGGAUUCAUAAUAAGCGGCCCGUACGCCGGAACGAUGUCAUAUUAUUCCGAAUUUUAUGGUGCCAAAGUUAGAUCGAGGAUCACGCUUAUUGUCGGCUUCACUGUUACGGCUGGAUGCGUUAUGAAUUCAGGUCUUGCUUGGCUGGUUGUACCACAAAAUUGGUCGAUCGAACUUUGGGAUGGUUAUUUCGUAUACAAUUCUUGGAGAAUAUUUUUAUCUUUGUGCGGUGUACCAACAUUGAUCGGUGUAUUCCUGAUUUCAUUUUUCCCGGAGAGUCCGAAAUUUCUUAUGAGCCAAGGACGUACGGAUGAAGCUUUGAAGGUUUUCCGACAAAUUUAUAGAAUAAACACUGGCAAACCAGAGGAGGAUUAUCCGAUAAACGAAUUGGUCGACGAGUUCGAGAUGAAAAAUUUUACGGACGUUUCUACGAGAGAUAAGAUCGUUCCAGCUAAGAGAACAUUCAAAAGUGGUUUACUUCAAAUGAAACCAAUCUUCUUCAAACCGUAUAUAUUCCGAUUGAUUUUGAUCCUGACUCUACAAUUUUGCAGUAUGCUCGCUCUCAACACAAUCCGAUUAUGGCAGCCUCAACUUUUCGCGAUAUUGCAAGACUUCAAUCCAAUCGAUUUCAAUAUUACCGAUUACGAGCCAGCAUUUUGUGAAAUAUUGGAUGCCGUCACUUAUUCGUCAGCACAGAACGCAAACUUAACUAACAAUAUUAUCGAGGUGACAAAUUGUUCGAAGAUCGUGAUACCGGAGAGCAUGUAUAUAGAUUCGACUAUAGUUUCGACAGCUGCGAUAUUUUUCCUCUUCGUCGCUAGCAUGUUCGUGACUUUAUUGGGCCACAAAAAUCUUUUAUACAUUUGUUACACGAUAUGUUUCUUAUCUCUGAUAUCAAUAACUUGGUCGACGAGUUAUUUAUUGACAUUGGGAUUGACCUGCCUCUUCGUCGGUAUAAUGAUGACAACAUUGAACAUUGUAGUAGGGGCCACUGUACUUUUAUUCCCAACUUCAUUAAGAACGAUGGCAGUAAGUUUGGUAAUGAUGAUAGGAAGAUCUGGAUCUCUGAUCGGCAAUGUCGUGUUUCCGGUAUUGCUCGAGUACGGAUGCAUAGCUCCGAUCAUGACGAUAGCUUGCUUUCCCCUAUUUGGUAUCGUAUUGGCAUAUUUCAUACCGAACAGUAAGAAUAAAAAUGAGAAAAACGUCGAGUCUGGAUCAUAAAAAAAAAAACGCGAAAAAUAAAAAAGAGAGAGAGAGAGAAAAGUAACGAUAUAUAUAUAUAUAUAUAUAUAUCAAUGAUCGAAAAGUAGAUAUUUGUCUUAUUAAUCGGAACUAGUAAUGAAAUUUUGCGAUUAUGAUGAAUAUAUGAUCGAGGAAAACGAUUAUGACCAAUUAAAAAGGCGAAACGAAACAUUGAUGGUCCGAUACGGAUCCGUUUCGAAAGAAGACAAGAAUUAUCGUUCAGGAUGAAUCUUCCGUUUUUUCUUUUUUUUUUUUUUUUUUUUUUUUUGGAAGAAGGGGAGUGGAUAGGGAGGACUGGAGAUCGACGAGCGUAUUUUUUGUUCCUUUUUUUUUCUUUUUUUUUUUUUCGUAUUAGAAUCGAGUCGAGACUUUAGGAUCAAAGAGAGGAGAAUAGGAAUGGACACAAUGAGAAGAUUGAGAGCAGAGAGUGCAACACGUACGAACGGAGGCCUUGGGUUUCACUUUCGACACAUCCUGGAGAGCCCUCCAGCCUUCACCCACAUGCUCGCUCUCCUCUAUCCUUUUUCUACACCUUCUUCUUCUUCUUCUUCUUUUUCUUCUUCUUCUUUUUAUUCAUCAUCUUCUACUUCCUCCUCUUUUUCUUUUUCUUUUUUAUUAAUCGUCAUCAUCAUCAUCACCAUCAUCAUCAUCAUCAUUUUCUUCUUCUUUUUCAUCGUCAUCCUAUCUUCUCUUCGUAAUCGCAAGUAAACGUUUCUUUUUUUCUUUAAUUUUCCAAUUACAAUUGGAACUCGUUAUACUCGCGCGUGUAUAUACGGGAUGGUUCAAAAUGUUCCUAGGUAAUGUUAUAAAAAUUAAUUACCAUGUUUUUUUGUUUUUUCUUUUUCUUUUUUUCUUCUUCCUCCUUCAGAUUACAGUAACAUUAAUCUAGGAACUUUUGAAAGAUUACCUAGGAAUUUUUUUUUAUGUGUACAUAUAUAUAUAUAUGUAUGUAUAUAUAUAUAUAUGUGUGUGUGUGUGUGUAAGUAUGUGUGUACGUAAACGUUAUAUACGAGUUAGACGUAAGUUAUAGGCUAUAUAUAUAUAUAUAUAUAUAUAUAUAUAUAUAUUUAUUAGAUUAUGUUUAGAAAUUGAUUAAGAAACGUUUGAAAA